GACACAAACAUAGAGGUGAGCUCGAGUGAGACGCGCAACGUUUCUUUCUGCCAACUCGUCGAGAAGAUCUCGUGCCGACCGCACAAGCACACAAGAAAUUACUAUGACUGACAGUGAGGACGAGUAUGAAGAUAGCAGCAGUUUUGAUGAUACUUCUACGGAAGAGAGAAUGAGUGAGAGAGACAUCGGAACGUUGAAUCACCAACUAGUGGUUGCUGUAAGGAAUAACCAAGGUGAUGAGGUUGAGAGAUUGUUGAAUCUAGGAGCAUCAGCAAAUGCAUGUAGUGAUGGAUGGCCUGUACUGGUGGAAGCUUGUGAUAAACGCUACCAUUCUGUAUGUAAGCUGCUAGUGAAGAGAGGGGCAGAUGUGAACAAAACUACUGAAUAUGAUAGCACUGCUCUAAAGAUGGUAGCAAUGAAUGGUGAUGAUAAAAUGGUCGACUUCCUUUUAUCAUCAAAUGCUGAUGCUGGACAGAAGGAUGAUUGUGGUUUGACUGCAUUUGAUUGGGCUAUGGAUAGAGGUCACAUGUCAACAGCUGGUCAUUUGUUGUUGGCAACUCAAAGAGUUGAAGAUGUUACAGUUGAGCAUCGUCGUCUUGUGUUGCAUUGGGCAUAUGAGAACAAGAGAGAUGAUGUGAUGAAAACAAUUGUUAAGCUGGGAACAGAAAAGAAGGAUAAGUUGGGACGAACUUUACUUCACUAUGCUGCUGAGUAUGACAGUCGUGAUGUGGUUGAGUUUCUCUUGGCCAACAAGGCAGAUGCUGAUGCUUCAGACAAGUAUGGUAAGAGACCAUACCAACUGGCUGAUGGUGAACUGAGAAGACGACUGAAGAAAGCAAGAGAUGAACAGAAGUAUGCUGUUCUGUUUGCUGAGGGCACAGUGAGACCAGAAAUCAUCAAGUUGUGUUUCAUCGGUUCAGAAGGAGCAGGAAAGACGACACUCAAGAAGGCUCUCAAACGAAGAUGGUUCAAACGAAUUUUCACAAACGAGAAUAAAGCAGACGACCCGUAUUGUGAAGAGGAACGCACGAUUGGUAUCAACGUGAUGAUAGCCUAUAUUCCAGGAGUGGGUCUCGUUUCGCUGUGGGACCACGCAGGUCAAAAGCAGUUCCACAAAACCCAUGGCCUCUUCUUCUCUGCAUCCAACUCGUUCUUCAUCUUGCUAGUGAGUCUAGUGAGAGGAAAGGAGAGACGACGGUGCAGCGAUGAGGAGUUGCUAGAUGAGCUUCAGUACUGGCUCUCAUUUCUCAGAUCCAGUUUGGAUGGAGAGUUUAUACCUACAGUGUUGAUAAUGGCCAGUCGAGGAGAUUAUUAUCAUGAUGGUCAGCGUGUGUUGCAGCGUGUGGUCGACUACAUUCGUGAGCUGUUCAAAGGCAAGAUCAACAUCAUUCAAGAAUGUUUGGUUAUCGACUGCAGGCAGAGCAAAUCUCCUGAAAUGAAACAACUGAAGAAGUUGUUAUGUGAUCUGAAGCACGAGCUUCAGCAGUCUGCUCCUCUGUAUCCUCGUCUUUGUCAGCCAGUCGUGUCCAAGUUGCUUCCUUCUCUUCGUAAGAAACAAGAAGAUCCAUUCAUGGAGACGGCAACACUCAUGGAGAAGAUUGAGCAAGAAGCAUGUCCAGGACUAGAGAAGGAGGUUGUAGAAAAGGUAGUUGGUUUCUUGGAUCAAUCAGGAGAGAUUGCUGUUGUUGGUGAUGUGGCUGCUCUCAAUCCUGCUUGUCUACAUCAAUAUGCCAUCGGUCCUAUUGUUGCUUCUGAGGAUUUCACGUGGCGUGUCAGGUCCCCGAGAAAUGAUGGCACAGUAACAAAAGAAGAAGCGAAAACGGCAAUCGAUCAUUACUUGAGAGAUCACAAGAUUGCUGUUCAACUCAACACAGAUAAAGUUCUCGCUAUCAACAAAUCUCUUGGUAUCUGCUUCAAAGUGGAAGGCAGAGACGACACGUACAUGUUUCCAGCUCUCUUGCCUCCUAAUGAUCUGUCUGUCAUGUGGCAGAAAGAUGAGAAUAAGAAAGUGUAUGUCGGUCGACGUCAAGUUUGCAGCAGUCAGACGACCAUCUUCAGUCCAUCUACAUUCUGCAUGUUUCAAUCUAAAGUUUGCACAACAUUAGAUCCAGAAGCAGCAAGGCUGUGGAGGGAUGGACUGAUCUUAUCACAAGGCAGUACAGUUCAUAAUCUCAUUGAGUGUUUGGUGGCCAUGAUAGAUCCUGUUCGUUCUGUUGACUUUGUGUGUCGUGGAGGCAAGCAAACAGAAGUAGAAUGUGUUUCACUGCUGGACACUGUCAUGUCUCUUUGGAGAGAUAUGUUAGACAGCUACAGUCCGGGCACUGAAUAUCAGACUGAAUAUCUGAGCAGAAAGCAUUUAGAGGAACACAAAGAACUGAAACAUGUCGCUACCUACUCUGAGGAGAAAAUCAAGGAAGCAAAAGCAAAGGAAGAAGGAGCAGAUGCUGCUGUCAAACAAGUAGUUGGUAAUGAGCUGAUGGUAGAAAGUCUUGGCGACCUGCUGGUCAUUCAACCCAUCAGUCAAUCAGCUCCAGUUUCAUCCAGUGCAGUUUUCAAUGCUGUUAUUGGGUGUGGUUCAUCUCAAUGGUAUUCAUGUGGACUAAAACUAGACUUUAAUCAUGAUCAGAUUGAAGCUUUGUGUCAUGACAAAGUGACUCCUGCUGAUAAAUUGUCUGCAAUCAUCCAAGUAAAGACCAAACAAGUUGGUGAUGUGAAGAAGAUGGAUGAUCUGCUGUUGGAGGCGUGUAGACAUUUACCAGAUCCAAUUGACGGUGCAGUGAAGGAGAAGCUUGGAAUUUAUCAUUAGUUACGUGACUGUAGAAAGUAAGCUUUCUAUAUCUAUAGUCAGAAGUUAUUGACAAAAUUGCUGUUUUUCAAGUGUCACACAUUCUGUCUAAAGGAGGAGCUUAUUUGGGCAUGUAGUAGGUAGUGAUGAUGGGCUUAGGUAAUGCACAUGUACUUAAGGAUUAUUGGCAUAAUUACUGCAAACCAUUUGUAUUGCUUACAGAACAAAUUAAAUGUAUACAGGCCAUUGGCUUUUACGGGCCAUUCUAUAUCUUUCUUUUCAGAUAGGGGUCGUAGUAGGAGCAAUACCCUGUAUCACGACUACUGUACCUUCCUAAAAUGUAUGAGAUCAAUCCGCCUGGUUUGAGAUUGUUUCA